AUGACUUAUUCACUCUUUGUAAUACUGGCAUCAGUGUUUCCAUAUCUUCGUUGCCAGGACGCGACAUUCCAGGUUCCUGAGGAACAGAUGAAUGUUUUGGUUGGCUCUAUACCCGAUGGGAUUCACUUGAAAUCGAUUUUAGCAGACGAAACUCUCAAGUCACUGACGUACAGUUUUCUAUCCCACGGAUACCCAGACAGCAAUCUGUUCAGCCUGAACAACUCGACUGGCGAGCUGCGGACCGCCGUAGCCGUGGACAGAGAGAAGAUCUGCGGGUUUCAGCUCCAGUGUGUCCUGGUCAUACAGGUUGCCAUUCAGUCGUCGAGCGACCAAUACUUUAAGAAGGUGAAGCUGCACGUCCUCCUCGAAGACGCCAAUGACAACACUCCGGAAUUCCCGACGCCCUCUGCGACUCUCCACAUAUCUGAAGACGUGUCUAAGAACACGUCGUAUUCCAUUGAUGGUGCCAUCGACAGAGAUAUUGGGAAGAACGGCUUACAAGGGUAUGAGCUGAUUGACGAUGAUGGACCGUUUUUCCUGAACAUCAGUCGACGGCUGGACGGUGGACAGACGAUCAGUCUAAUUGUGGGAGAUGGUCUCGACAGAGAGAUCAGGAGUUCGUACAAACUCAAGAUCAGGGCUAGAGAUGGAGGCUAUCCUCAGAAGACAGGGGAGAUUACUCUCAACAUUGUUGUAGGAGACGUUAACGACAACAGCCCAAGAUUCGAACCUUCGUUCUAUAACAUUACAGUGAAAGAAACUGUGCCUGUUCAUUCUGUAAUUUUUACUGUUUCUGCAACAGAUACCGAUAGCGAAGAAAAUGGUGUUGAUUUUUACAGGUUUAGCUCCAUGAAAGUCGGAAAUUUUGAAAAAUAUAUCACCAUUAACAAGAAGACUGGAGAAGUGUCAGUGAUUGCUACCUUGGAACCAGUCCAGGGCGAGAGCUUCACGUUUGUAGUGGAGUGUGUAGACAAAGGUUCUCCGCCUCUGGUUUCCCAGGCUCUCGUGGAACUGAACAUAGAAGACUCGGUCAACAGUCCUCCAAGAAUCAACUUCAACCUGCUGUCGGCGGGGCUGGUGUCCGAGUACGCCCUCCCAGGAACAGUUGUCGCCCACGUCGCUGUGCACGACCCAGACUACGGACAGAACGGAAUGAUCAAGUGUUUCCUGAUCAGCAACUCGUUUGAGCUGGACGCGCUGGACGUGAACGAGUACAAGGUGAACCUGAUGAAGACGCUGGACAGAGAGUUGGAGAGUGAGGUGAACGUGACGGUCACCUGUGAAGACAGCGGGAAGCCGCCUCUGAAAGCGGCCAUAGAUUUCUCCAUCAAAAUACAGGACGAGAACGACCACUCGCCCUACUUCCUCCAGGACGUCUACACGGCGUACCUGGACGAAAACCUGAAGGACGUCGUCGUAACCCAGGUGACAGCUCACGACAACGACGUAGGUGAGAAUGGAGAAGUGGAAUACAUCAUUCCUUACGGCUGGCAGAUUGGGCUGAGUGUCCUGCCGAAUGGCGAUAUUAUCUGCAACAAACCGUUCGACCGCGAGUCCACGCCUAAGAUAGCUGUGACAGUCAUCGCAGUAGACAAAGGCAAGCCGCAAAGAAACGACAGCACCACUGUGAUAAUAACCAUAAACGACGUCAACGACGUGACGCCCGUAUUCUACAAACAGGAGUUUACGUUCAGCAUACCGGAAAACCAGCCCGCGGGAACAACAUUUGGAAGCGUGGUGGCCUUCGACCUGGAUCUGCGAGACGGCGGAGAGUUGAAGUACUACAUAGAAGAAGAAGACGGCUUCCACAUGGACGUGUCAUACGACGGGUUGCUCAGAACCACAACGUCGCUGGAUCGCGAGGUUCGGGACAGCUAUCGGUUCAGGGUGUGGGUGGCAGAUGGCGGGAAACCCAUCCUCAGCAGUUCCGCGACAGUGAUUGUCAACGUCACUGAUGAAAACGACAACUACCCCGACAUCCGUUUGCCCGACUUCAUCAACUCGUCUCUGACCAUUCCUCACGACACCCCCGAAGGAACCGUUGUGAUGGCGGUAGAAGCUAACGACCUCGAUGCCGACACGAAUGGUCUAUGUCAGUUCUAUAUUUUACCUCAGAACGACGACAUCACCGAAGACAACGACAGUCAGUCCGCCUCCAUGAAGGUGCUGUCCAUGUUUGAGAUUCACAGAGACAGCGGGGAACUCAGACUGAGGAAGUCCCUUACGAAGGAGGACACUGGGUUCUAUCAGCUUCGCGUUCUUGUAAGAGACCAAGGCAUGCCUCCACUCAUGUCAAACGUGACUCUGGACAUCCACGUGGUUCUUUCGAACCACACCUCGGGAGGAAUGAACAAAGAAAACGCAACUGUCGUAGCUGUUGUUGGCAGCCUAACCGGCGUUUUCUGUGUGAUCGUCGUUAUCGCCAUAGUGAUCAUGAGAAGGAGGGACCGCGUCAAGCAGCAGUAUGCUACCCCGAGGAUUGUAUCUCACCCUGCGCCCAGCAACCUCAAGCCUGUCGUGGAGUUUGAGUCGAGGCGUAAGGACGAGCAUGACGGUCGUAACCGGAUGUCUGAGGACGAAUCAGACGGAAGUAACAGAUCGUAUGAAACCGACGACAGACAGAAUGACGAGAUCUUUAACAAUGGCGUCGACUUGGAUGACGACAGAAAAGAAAUAUCUAUCCUGUCGGAAGUGGAGCGCCAUUGGCUAGCGGACGCCAAAACGAUCCCUGAUUGGUCCACCGCUCUAAAACUACACCAGGACCUUCUGAAGCUGCACGGGGUCCAGACUAAGAUUCUGCCACAGACACACUACGAAGACGGGCGUAGUAGCGAGUGUUCAGAGGAAGUUGCGACCAGCGACAGCGGCCGAGGAGGGAGUGAUGAGGACAGCCACGGCAGGGCGUCACCGGACUGUAAACAGGACGAUGCCAAAGAAAACCUAAUAGUUUACAGCAUGCACCGGACCCUGCGCAGUAAGACGGCGAACUACGUCAACAUGGGUUACGAGAGUAUACCGUCAACACCCGUCAACAUCCGCCGAAAAGCCGACAUUUGGACCAUCGACACCCACGGCAGCGUUCCGUCUACACCCGUCAACGUUUGUCAUACAGACGACAUUUGGGACAUCGAUAACCAAGACAGCGUCCCGUCAACACCGGUAAACGGUCGUCGUAAAGCUGACUCGUGGGUGGUCGACGCCAGUGGUAGUGCUCCAUCUACACCGGUUAAUGGUUGUCGUAAAGCAGACUUGUGGAUCGUCGACAAUCAUGGUAGUGCCCCAUCAACACCCGUUGACGGUAGUCGUAAAACUGGCGCAUGGAUAGGUGGCAACCGUGGCAGUGCCCCGUCAACACCUCUUAACGGUUGUCGUAAAGUCGACGUUUGGAUGCCUAACAGUCAUAACAGUGCUCCGUCAACACCAAUUGACGGUCGUCGAAAUACCGACAUGCAGACUGCCGACAACCAUAGCAAUGCUCCAGAGACACCCAUUAUCGGUUACCGUAAAGUGAACUUGUGGAAUAUAGAGAAGCAUGGCAGUGCUCCUACUACACCAGUUAACGGUUGUCGUAAAGUCAGUAUGUGGAAUAUAGAGAAGCAUGGCAGUGCUCCUUCCACGCCGGUUAACAGUUGUCGUAAAGCCGAUAUUUGGGAGAUCGACAAAGAUGGCAGUGUUCCAUCAACACCGGUUAACGGUUGUCGUAAAGUCAAUAUGUGGAAUAUUGAGAAGUAUGGCAGUCCUCCUUCUACGCCGGUUGACAGUUGUCGUAAAGCCGAUAUUUGGGAGAUCGACAGAGAUGGCAGUGUUCCAUCAACACCGGUUAACAGUUGUCGUAAAGCCAGCAGGUGGCAAGUAAGCAGCCAAGAUGGAUACAAGAAAAGACAUUGUCACCCAGGCCCGAAACGCGUGACAUUUCAACGAGAAGUGUGUGUGGACUCGGUGAGUGUUCAGAAAGAGCUACAUCACACCAUGUUUAAAGGCUGCCGCGUGGCGGAUGACGUCAGUCAGAGUAUGGACGAUGAUGACACCACUACAUCCGGUAGCUAUUCUGUUGACGUAGAUCAUGAGACGAUUGACGCCAUGUUACCCAGGGUGCAGGAUAUGCUUGUUUGA